UUUACAUUCUCCAGGGAGAAGCCAAAGCCUUAGUUACUAAACUCAGAGGGAGAUGAACCAGGCACAAACUCUGCUGCUUGAUGGUCUCAUCAAGACAAAGCAUGUCCACAAAGCUGCCCUUAUCAGACUAUCCGACAUGAAUGUGAUGACAUCAACACAAGGCUUUGGUAUUCAGAACUGGGCCUCAGUCAUUGUCCAAGCCUUCUUCAACAACCCGGCCCAAAUGCGAAAGGAAGGGCAGUACUUUUAUGACCGGUAUUAUAAAUGCUUCCGAGCAGAUGGCAACUCCAUCUACCUUAAAGCAAAAGAAGAGGGAGUGAUACUAGUUAAAACAGCAAGCUUUGUCCUGGUCGGAACAUAUUGCCAAGGCAUGUACCCCAGUGUCUGCGUCGAGGCAGUGGAGAAACUAGCAGACUACCUGAGAGCAAAAGGGAACUGAAGAAAGUAAAGAAGAAGGAAAAGAGCAACAGAACUUUCUACUCAAAAUUCUUGCUUGGCACAACCAGGAGAAAAAGAAAUGUCCCUUUCUGAACAACACAAUGGGUUCCCUGCAGGUCAGUCUCAAUGGACGUGUCCUUUGGAGGCACACAGGAGAAUACCCAGCAUCAUCAUUAAACACUUUCAAAGUGUAGACAAGUAUCUUGAGGUGGAAUUGAAUUACUAUUUCCAGAGAAAGAUAUAGCAGGCAAGCAUGGGCGGAGACGGACACCAUUUCCUUGCUAUUAACCUGCAACGAAAAGGAAACCGGCUGAGGUUGGCAGAGCUGUUGCCACGACAACGACAAGUCCCUUGUUGAGAAAAAGGACCACCAGGUUGCCAAGGCAAUGGACCACUGGGCUUCCAUGGGGAAUUUCCUGUCAGAGCCAGCUCUACCGUUGGACGGAGUAAGGUAGCAGCUUAAAAAUGCAGCAAACCGUUGUUUCCUUGGUUUUAUUCUCAAGAAGAGGCAGUUCUGGGAUUUUGCUUUGCCUCAGUUACAACUUGGAUUGCCUUUGGUCCCCUUGCUGCCAGACGUAAAUAAUGUUUUCUAUCAAAUCUUGGGUGCACAUUGUCUUUGCCAUGCCAAGUAAUAAACAGGGCGGCUUUUUUCAAGCUGAAGACUGUAACCGGCCACAGACUGGCAUGCCAGGGUUGUGCUACUUUGAAAGCAGAGUUUCAUGCCAUUUUGAAAGCAGACAGGUCCAAAGGAGUGGGUGAGCAAGGAGGAGUAAUUUUAAAUUUGAGUUAAUGUUAAUUUGUAAAUCUUCAAUAAAUGUGGUUAAUAGUA